AUGGCUGAACAUUUGUUAACAACGACGGUCACGGAGACUACGACCACAACUCCAACAACGACAAUACCGCCAACCUUGGAAUUGAUCUCGUCAGCAAUCGGCGAUUCUUUUGUUCACUACCUUAAUAAGUUGGAUCAAAUCCCGGGCGGGCAGAUUAUUUUACGUUAUAUUCGAUCCUCCUAUAAAAACGAUCCUGUCCGUUCAUUGUUUGAGUUAGCUUUAUUUAUAUUUGCUGUCCACUACUUCUUGCUGUCCAAGAGAAAGGAGAACAAAGCCGACAUUGUCAAGUUUUCUAAACUUGAAAUCGAUGAGUUAAUAAAGGACUGGGAACCUGAACCUUUGGUAGAAGAAGUUAAUAACUUAGAAAAAUGGCAAUUGUCUGCAAUCCCUAAGAUCAAGGGCUGGAAUAAGAGCCACAUGACCUUAUACAAUGAAGCUUCCGGCAAUAACAUUAGCAGCAAUGUGGUUAAUUUGGCAUCGUAUGACUUCCUUGACUUGAAUGAAAAUGACAACGUACAUAAGGCUGCAAAGGCUGAAAUUUCUACUGCCGGUGUCGGAGCAUGUGGACCACCUAAUUUCUAUGGUACCCAAGACGUUCACGUCAGAUUGGAAGAAGAUUUAGCAAGAUUUUUACAGACCGAGCAGUCAAUUCUCUAUGGACAAGAUUUUGUUACCGCUGGUUCCGUUAUUCCUGCCUAUUUGAAAAGAGGAGAUCUUUGUAUUGUGGACAGUGGAGUCAACUUGGCCAUUCAGAAGGCUCUUAUCGUCUCUCGUUGUAACAUCGAAUGGUACGAACAUAACGACGUGGACCACUUGGAAUCCAUUUUGGAAGAAUUGAAGCCAACUUUGGACAAGGAACCAGUUCGUAGAAGAUUCAUUGUUACUGAGGGUUUAUUCUUAAACACUGGUGACAUCUGUAAUUUGCCUAAAAUCGUUGAAUUGAAGAAUAAGUUCAAGUAUAGACUCUUUCUCGAUGAAACAUUGUCAAUUGGUGUCCUUGGUGCAAACGGUAGAGGUGUAGUUGAACAUUAUAACCUUUCAAGGUUGGAAAUUUCCAUUACCAUUGGUACAUUUGCCGGAUCAUUCGCCAGCUCUGGUGGGUUCUGUGCUGGUGUUAAACCAAUGGUUCAGCAUCAGAGAAUUAAUUCUAAUGCUUAUACCUUUAGCGCAUCGUUACCACCAUACUCAGCUAUUGCUUCUUCUCAGUCAAUUAAGGAAAUUAUGAAUGAACGAACCGCAGCCGGAAAUUCUAAAUUGAUCGCCCAAUUGCAUGAAAGGACUUCACACCUCUACUCCAAGUUGACUUCAAUAAAGACGACUUUCUUUAAGGUCACAUCCAAUAGCAAUUCUCCAAUAAUUCAUAUCUCACUUUCACAUCAAUACAGAAAGGCCUUAGGUUUGCCAGCAUUUUACGGGAACACUCAUUUUUUGAACACUGGUAAGCAAGCUAGAAGCUUAAAUGAAUUCUCGAAAGCGUACAACAUAGAAUCCUUCCUUUUACAAAAAAUCAUCGAUGGCGUACUCUUUGAAUCAAAUAUUCUUAUUACAAGAUCAAAGAGUAUUCUCGAUCAUGAGAAUUUGCCUGUGAUAUCUCCUCAAUUGUUAAUUAUGGUCAACAGUGGUGCCUCAUUAAAGGAAUUAGACUUACUUGCUCAAACUUUGGAAAUUAUUGUUAAUAAAGUUUGUAAAUCUGUUUCCAACGAAGCCAGAUUAUUAUCUUUAGAAGAUGAACUUCUUAAAUACACUAAGUAUUGA